UUGUUGGGAAUUGGAAUAGCUUACAAAUACGCACAAGCCUCCUCUCCUCCUUCAAGCUCUGACUCAUCAUAACCCAAGCUUUUUCAAGAACCAAGAUUUUUCAAGAAACGCGUAGAGUUGUUCGGUGGAAGUUGUUCAAAUCGGAAGCCGAUCGCGGAGUGGUUUGGUUUGAUUACGUCGCAAUCAGUACGAUUUUCCAAUACUCGAUCAAACUUAAGAGUGAAGGAGAUAGUAAAGAAGGAAAUCCAUUCUUGAAAAGGAAUUAAAUAGCCAAAAAGGGAUGCCUUUAAGUUUAGGCAACGAUGUCGAUGGAUCUUCCCGGAUUAUUUUGACUGAGCCUCGCGGUUCAACUGCAGAGGUGCUUCUGUUUGGAGGACAAGUGAUUUCCUGGAAAAAUGAAAGGAGGGAAGAACUGCUUUAUAUGAGCAGCAAGGCUCAAUAUAAGCCACCCAAGACGAUCAGAGGAGGAAUACCUGUUUGCUUUCCACAGUUUGGAAACUUUGGUGGACUUGAGCGACAUGGAUUUGCCAGGAACAGAGUUUGGUCACAUGAUGACGAUCCUUCGCCUCUGCCUCCUGCUAACAAACAAUCAUCAGUUGAUCUGAUAUUGAAGUCCACAGAAGAUGACCUGAAGAUCUGGCCUCACAGCUUUGAACUCCGUGUUCGCAUCUCUAUCAGCCUUGGGAAACUUACUUUGAUCCCUCGUGUGAGGAACAUCGACUCAAAGGCAUUCUCCUUUAUGUUUGCACUUCGAAACUACUUAUAUGUAUCUGACAUAAGUGAAGUACGGGUCGAGGGUCUGGAGACACUUGAUUACCUAGACAACUUGAUGGGUAAAGAAAGAUUCACCGAGCAAGCAGACGCAAUUACCUUUGACGGUGAGAUUGAUAGAGUGUACCUGAACACGCCAACAAAGAUUGCUGUCAUAGAUCACGAGCGAAAGAGAACCAUCGAGUUGCGAAAGGAAGGCAUGCCGAAUGCAGUUGUGUGGAACCCGUGGGACAAAAAGGCAAAGAGCAUAGCUGAUAUGGGGGAUGAAGAUUACAAGACGAUGCUUUGCGUAGAUUCUGGAGCUAUCGAACCUCAGGUUUUGUUAAAGCCUUGUGAAGAGUGGAAAGGCAGACAAGAACUCUCUAUCGUCUCAUCCAGCUACUGCAGCGGACAACUUGAUCCACGCAAGGUUCUUUACGGAGAUAACUGAUCCCUCUCUUUUUUUGCUUUUUCUUGCCAAAAGUAGAAAACAAUAAUAAGCCCACAUGAUGAUCAACUUCUCAAGGUGUCUGUCUAUGUUUUGAAUUCGGAGCUAUCCUUUCACACUUUUUUUUUUUUUUUUUCUUCUUCUUUUCUGAUUGUUUUACACAGAAGAGAGAGAGGUCACGGUCAUAUUUUGUAACGUUGACUCCUGUGUUUGACCGUCAAACAAAAAUCAAAAAUGUAUCGGCGUUCUUUGAUUCGUGAAACCUUUUAUGGCCCUAAAUAUCAUCAUUCAGCCCAUUAAUGAAAUCAUUGUCCAUCAA